UAAAAAUUGUACAAUUUAUACUCAAUAAUAGUUAUCACUUAUCAGACUAAUCAUUAAAAAGAAUAAUGAAGUGUUAUAUUUUUCGGGUUGCUACCACUUUUCUUAAAUUGCAUAAAUUACAAAUGUCCAUGACGAGUUUCUUAUCAGUGGGCGCCGGUCGGAUUUCCUCAUAGAUAUUACUAAUACAAAUACAAAGUAUUAUGUAGAGACGAAAGUUUAAAGUUGCCAUCCUGGGGAAGUGGUUAAGGUGUGGUUGUUUCUCCGUUGCCUUCCGCACCAGUCGGGUGGAAAAAAGUGUACAAUGGAAAAAAUGGUUCUUGGUAGCGAAUGGUCAUUUGGGAAAAGUGGAGCUAUCCCUAUUUUUUUUAUCUGCGAUAAUGUGUUUUUCAUAACAAAAACAAACCAAGAUUAAAUUGCAAAUACCUGCUAUGGGUGUUAAAACAAUAGUGAUUGACUCAAUUAAGCAAUUAAUUCCGCCCAUGUUUUAAAUUUCAAUACGUGAAUCUAUGACUGUGGUGGGGUAUUUGCGUUUGGGCUUUGUAGUCGCUGGCUGUUAUAGAAUAUAGUGAAAAACAUACUGUAUUUUAUAUUUUAGUCACUACUAUACUCUAUUCUGAAAGAGUAUAGUAGAAGUUUUAUAACGGCCGGCUAUACUAUGUUUUUAACAUUAAUUAUUAACAAAGUACAAUGUAAAAAGUUUUUUUUUAAUAUUCCUAGUAAUAAAUCUGUUUUUAUGCCAAUAUAAUAUUAUAUAUAUUCUAAAAUCUCAAUGUUAAUGUGUUGACUGUUGUAAAAUUAUACUCAUUAAUUUUUAAUUAAACCGAAAUGUAAAUGAAAAUAUACAAUCAUGAUGCCUAAUGAAUAACCAUGACCAAGAAAUAAUUGCACUUAUAUAAUAAAUUACAUGCUAAUUAAUUCACAAAUACCCACGCCAAAUAAAUGUCUGUUAAUGUUACAUUAAACAUACCAAUUUAUGUGCGGCCUCAGAAGUAAGACCAUUCAAUCCCACCGAAUACUUUGAAAUUAUGGCAAAACCAUUAUUAUCGAGACAUAUAUUAAAUGUAGAAUUUAAAGAUCUCACAUAUGAAGUGAAUACCUGGACAGAAGAUUUAAAAUUUAAUAAGAAAACCGUUUUAAAUGGUAUAAAUGGAGCUUUUAGUUACGGCCAAUUUUGUGCAAUCAUAGGAUGUUCGGGCUGUGGAAAAUCCUCUUUACUAAAUAUUUUAUCAGGUUAUAACGCCAACAAUUACUCAGGUACAAUAUUAAUCAACAACAAACUACGAGAUAUAAAAUUAUUCAAAAAACAGUCUUGUUAUAUCAUGCAAGAAGAUCAUCUUUAUAAUGAAUUCACCAUCAACGAGGCUAUGGAAUUUGCUAUGAAACUAAAGAAUUCAGUUUUAAUGUUAGAUUCGCGUAAACUCAAAAUGAUAGAUGAUAUUUUAAAUAAUUUACAUUUGGAUAGUCAGCGUAAUACGUUUACGGCAAAAUUAUCAGGUGGUGAGCGUAGGAAAUUAUCGGUCGCUUUGGAGUUAAUUCACAAUCCGAGCAUGAUGUUUUUCGACGAACCAACAACUGGACUGGAUAGUUUGUCGGCAAACAAAGUGGUAUCGAUGUUAAAAGAUUUAUCGACAUCAGGUCGAACAAUUGUAUGCACUAUUCAUCAAGCAUCUGCUCUGCAAUUAGAAAUGUUUGACGUUUUAUAUGUGCUCUCGCCUACGGGUCAUUGUAUUUAUCACGGUUUAACUUCAGACCUAACCGAUUUCCUUGCCGAACAGGGUUUGCAGUGUCCGUUGUUCCACAACAUUGCAGAUUUUAUUAUCGAAGUAAGUCUUGGCGAACAUGGAGAUCACGUUUAUAACAUGAUUAAAAGUAUUGAAAACGGAAAACAACCCAAAUUGAUAAAUAACACUGAUCAAUCGAAGUAUGUUGGAGAAAUUCAGUUACCUGAUGAAAAAUAUAAAAUAACAAAACAGAAUAGACAUUGUUUGAUUCAGCUUAUAACACUUUUGCAUCGAUCUGUUAAGAAAAUGUCAAGAGAAAAAUUUUUAAGCACAAGACUACUGGUUCAUAUAUUGGUGGGCUCGUUGUACGCUUGGAUAUAUUUUAGAAUUGGUGACAAUGCCUCGUUCAUCCAUGAUAACUUAAUGCUGCUGUUUUUCAGUUUAAUGUUUAUUAUGUACACUGCGAGUUCGACAAUGAUAAUAAGUUUCCCCUUAGAAUUUCAAGUGCUUGCGAAAGAACAUUUCAACCAAUGGUAUUCGUUGACUACGUACUAUAUCAGUAACACAAUUGUGGAUUUACCUGUCCAGAUGCUUUGUACAUUUUUGUACUGUGUGGUUGUUUAUUAUUUCACCGGUCAACCACCGGAAUUUUUGAGAUUCACUUUCUUUACACUUAUAGUUUUAAUGGUUGGGCUUUUGUCACAGGCAAUCGGCAUGCUCAUGGGAACACUAUUUGAUGAUUUAAAAUUCAGUACAGUAUUCACAAGUUUUUUGCUCAUGCCGUGGAUGAUGUUUGGCGGUGUAUUCAUUAAAAUUUCUGAUACUCCGUUAUUGUUUCGAUGGAUGUUUGAUAUUUCGUUCAUGAAACACGCUAUGGAAGCAAUAUUACACUGUGUUUACGGUUCAAACAGGGCCAAACUACAUUGUCCUAAAAUGUACUGCUACAACACGAUACCGUCAAAAGUGUUGAACGACUUAGACAUGCCUGUCAACAUAUAUUGGUAUAACAUGGCCGCUCUUACUACAAUUUAUUUGAUAAUGAAGAUGUUAGUUUACCAAGUUUUAAAAAAAAAGCUUAAUUAACGGCACAUGAGUAGUAUAAUGUUUAAAGUUUUAUAAACUUAUUUAGUACAUCACUUAAUUGACUGUCAAUCUUAACAAAUUGAUCUCGUUUAAAAGACAAAAUAAUUAUUUUUUUUUUAAAUCCAACUUCCAUUUUCCAACUAAACGAUUAGUUCAAGUUACCAUUUUAUUAUGUAUUUUAUCAUAACCAAAACCAAAGAACCUACCUUUUAAAAAUUAUUAACUGUAUAUUAUUUAUUACCAUUUUAUUAGAACUACUA